AUGAAUAAAUAAUAAGACAUUAAUAGGAGAUUAGCCUUAUUUUAUCAUCCAUUAUUUUUAUAAUUAGUUGAUUUAUGGAUGUCUUUGUUGGGGGAUACUAAAAUAGGAUUCAUUACAUUUAUUGAGUUAAAUAUCAGAUUGCAGAAGGCUCUGUUGAUUGAGUUUAAUCUAAAAAAUGCAUGUACUAUUUAUUAGAAAUUGAGUUAUGUCUGCCUUGAAUGAUUGGUUAAAAGAAGUUUAAGAUUGCUAUGAUUUAAAAACAUUAUACAUAAUUGAACCAAUUAAUAUAGAAGAUGAAAUAAAAUAACUUCCAUUUGAGCCUACAUUAACUUCAUUAGAUUACAAUAAUUUUAUGUUAGAAUUUUAAGACAAUCCAGCAUAACAGUAUUUGAAUGUUAAAAUUAAUUCAGAAAUACUUGGUAAAUUUUUCUUUGAUUUAUGCACAACUUGGUGUAUUCAUCUAGACAUAGAACUCUUCCAUAUAUUUGGAUUUACUUUAUUUUUUGCUGUGACAAAAGGAGAUAAGAUAAAAUAGUCAUAACUUAUGACAUUAGAUGAUGUAUAAACAUUACCAAGUACUUUUUUUGAGGAUUUUUCUAAUUUGAAAAUCACUUAUUUAAAAUUUAAGAAGAAAAAUUUAAUAUAUUAUAGAGCAUGGUGUGAAUGGAAUUAUUUAAGAAUGCCUGAAAUAGGAGAGAAUAUGUUUGAUAAAUUAAUUUCAUUAUUUCCAGAUGAGUAAUAGAUAUUAUUAUUUAAAUAGUCCUAGAGUAGAAGAUUUUUAUGAUUACUUUUCUAAUAUUAUAGAAAUAGUUAGUAAAGAAAUCACAUCUUCACUCCAAAAUUAAAAUACAAAAGAUAAAGAAGUAUUCCAUACUAAUCAAGAUAAUCAAUAAGGUUAAGUUUAAUAAGAAAUUACUCAAUAAUAAGAAUCUAAAGAUGAUGAAUAAAAUAAAUAGUCAAUUGAAUAAGAUGAGGCAAUGUUAUGGUAUGAGUAAUAAAAAAAGGAUUUGCCUGAAGAAUUCAAGGGUAUUAAUUAAUAAUAUAUUUAGAAUAAAAAUCUGAUGUUUUAGGAAGAUGUUAUUUAUAAUAGAUUCAACCAUUACCACCAGACUUAUUUAUAUUAAAAUAUAAUGAGAGAGAAAAAUGUUAUGUUUUAGAAAGGAAAGUUAAGAUUCCAAUAAUUGGUGUAUAAAAACCAAUAAUAAAUACUACUGGGAAUGAAAGAGUUCAUUUAUAAAAAUAAUAUUUUAAAUAGGAUAAAGAUACUAGUUUAUUUUAUACAAGUAAUCCAAUUAAUGAUGUUACUGUUAUAUCAUAAUAAUAAAAUUAAAUAAAAUAAUAAUUGCCUAAAGUUAAAAAAUAAAAUACUUAAUAGGAAAGAGUCAAUAAAUCAUUUUCACAAUAUGAUAAAAAUUACAAUCAAGAUAAAGGAAAUGUAUUAUUACCAUAAUUUGCAUAAGAAUAAUUGAUAUAAAAAUAAAAUAAUUCUUCUGGAGUUAAAUUGUUUGAAUAAUAUUCUAAUGAAAUCAAUAUCAAAAAAAGAGAAAUUAAAUAGGAUUUACCAUUAUAAUUAAUUAAACAUCCUAGAUCAACUAUUACAGUUGAUUUAAAAGAAGAUCAACAUAAAGAAUUAGGAAGAAUCAAUCUAACUCCAAUUUAAUCAUUUAGAUAAGCUUCAUAAUUACAUAAUACUAAUUUGACUUUUAAAUAGAUUUAAUCUAUAUAAGAAACUAAACAUUUAUGGUAACCAAUGAUGACAUAAGAAGAAAUGGAAGUAUUAUUAUAAGAUGAGAAGAAAUUUUAUCAUAUUUUGCAUCUUUUAAAAUUGAAAUUUAAUUUUGAGCAUAGAUCAGAAUAUUUGAAAUAAUUUAAAUUAAAAUUAGAUUAUGUAUCUAAAAGAGAUGAAAUGGGAGGAAUAUUAACUAAUGAAGAUAGAAAAAGAUUUCAUGAAAGAAUAGCUAUGAUUCUUGAAAGAGAGAAAAAAAGAAAGAAACGUAGAAGAAGAAAUGUAAUUGAUCCAUACAAAUAAAGAAAUAGGAGUUGGUCUAUAAAGACUAAAUUCAAAAAUAGAAAUUGUAGAGAGUAAUUUAAAUAGAUUUUUAUAACUCCAUUGCUUUAAUGA